UUUUGAAAAUGGAUAUUUCAACUUCUUCCGAAAAUGAAGGUCUUUUAAUGAAAAUAAAUGGAAGAUGGAUUUGUUUAAGUGAUGAAUUUGUUAAAUCUCAUCCUGGAGGUCCCGUAAUUGAACAAUAUAGAGGUGCAGACGCUACACAUAUUUUCCAUGCUUUUCAUGAAGGUUCCAAAAAAGCUUAUAAACAAUUGGAAAUACAAAAAGAAGUUAAUCAACCUUCAACAACUUUAAUUUCAACAAAAAUAAAUUUCUCCAGGGAUAAGGAAAUUAUUGAUGACGAUGAUUUUGUUGUUAUUAAUUAUGAUAUUCCUCCAGAAAAAGAAAUGAAAAUAGUAUUAGAAUUUGAAGAACUUAGACAGAAAGUCCAUUCUGAAGGCCUUUUACUUCCAAAACCUCUAUUUUAUGUCAGAAAAAUAUUUGAAGUUUUUACUUUAUUGUUAUUUGCUUUUUGGUUACAAUACAAAACUUUUUAUAUUUUUUCUGCUUUAAUACUUGGACUUACUUGGCAACAAAUGGGAUGGCUUUGUCACGAAUGUUGUCAUCACCAACCAACCAAAAAUCGUCGUAUUAAUGACUUUUUAUCUUUAUUUUUGGGUAAUUUUUCACAAGGAUUCUCAAGGGAUUGGUGGAAAGAUAAGCAUAAUUUACACCACGCAACAACAAAUAUUAUUUCAAGAGAUGGAGAUAUUGAUUUAGCUCCAUUAUUAGCUUUGGUUCCAGAUGAUUUAUUUAAACAAAAAACUUUAAUUUCAAAUUUAAUUCUUCGUUUAAUUAUUCCUUACCAAUAUUUGUAA